AUGUUUUCUAGUGAAUGGUUUGGUCUUGUCAGUGAAACUGCAUUAUCAGCAUUUCAGCGCAGUGCUAUCCUCUCUGCAAGAAUAGCUGAUUCAAAAUGCUUAUAUUCAUGUGCAGUUUGUGCUUGGAAUUAUUGUCUCCCUACAAUAUGUCAGAAUGACCAUCGCCAGAUAACAGCUACAUUUUCGGUGAUCCUGGAGAGCGCAAAUAAAAUUGGACCAAACUGUUUACCAGCUCAGUUGUAUACUGAAAUGGCUACAGUACUGGCUCAUGGUUUGAUUCAACCCUGGCUACCGAAGCCAAUAAAGUCAAUUAUACAUUCCAGUAAUGAAAAGAAUAAGUCACUACCUUCUAGCACAACACAGAAAGGUCAAAAGACAAGCAGAGGAAAGUCAGCGAAACCCACCACAUAUACUGUGCCUCAAGAAGGUCAACAAUGCAUUAAAAAAGCAAUGGACUGGUUAGUACUGGCCGGGAAACUUUGUGAACCUAAUAGGUUGGAUCUACUUCAAGAUAUUGAUGAAGCUUAUACAAUACAACCAGUUAUACCGAUAAGCACACGUUCUCGAUUGAUAAUUUGCUGGUUAUCAGCAAGACAACUAAUCUCCAGUCCACCAGUACACAAAGGUUUGUUUCCAAUGGAUCUCCAAGGUGAUAGCUCAAGCCAUGGUGAAACAAAUUAUACAUCUGAUUCUGAAGCGCAAAUGCGUAAAAUGUCACUAAGUAACCAAAAGGAAGCACAAAUUUAUGUGGAGACAUUAGUAACACGAACAUUAUUAGCUGUUCAUUCUUUAUGGCUUACACAUAAGUCGAAAUAUAUUUCUGAAUGGCCGGUAUUGGUAUCGAAACUUAUCGAUGAACAAAGUACGCAGACAGUGGCGGAGCCAUCAAAACAAAUCGAAACACUGGUUGGAUUUAAAGAUGCACCAUCACUAACAGAGGCUAUGUGUUUAAUGCAAACAGCAUUUUGCGGGCAAAAACCUAAUGUACAAAUAGAACAGCCCACUGGAAAAUCAAAUAUUACAAAAGAACAAAGUAAAACCUUAGUCAAGUAUGAUUUACGAUUGGACCAGUCAACUGCAGAACGUUAUGUAGAACUUGAGUUGUGGACACGUUUGGCUAUGAUCGCAUUUCUAACAUCACAGUAUUCAACUAUCUUAGAUAUUAUUGACUUGGCCAAUAUUCGAAAAGAAUUAACCUGCAGUAUCAGUCCACAACAUCAACAACAAUCUAAUGUAGACAACAAUUACUGGUUAAUUCAGUUACUGUGUCUACGUGGUUUAGCUAUGUUUGGCAUAUCGAAUCAAAUGAAAAUUGUUCGUCAACAAAAUCUAAAAUCCGGUGGGAAAUAUAAUCAGCAACAACAAAUGCAGCAACAGACACGUGGUAAACAACGUUUAACAGAUGUUAAAUUUAAAUGUGUGGAACUUCUGGUUAGAAAACAAAGAAUAAAUACUAGCAGUGAAGAUAGUCAAACAGUGGAGAGCAGUUUAUUUGAAGCAGGUGAAGAAGCUUUUUAUGAAGCUUCUCGGAUUGCUUACAAAGCAGGACGUUACGAUCUAUUAGUUAUGUCAACAUCAUUAUACUGGGCGUUACUAAAUCAUCCCACUUUAUCAUCAUCAAGUCAGAUAACUCAAGUUUUGCAAAAAGUACAAUCGUUCGACGACAAAAUUCAUAAUCUAACUAAGUGGCUAAGCCACUGUCUAAAAAUUGAGGUUAGAAAUGAAUUGGCUACGCAAAUUCGAAAUGAUGAAAAUAAACAAGACAAAUCAACAGAUUUAUCCAUGGUGAAAAUUGAAUCUGUUUUGAUGGAUUCAAUGAGAACCAUGAAAGAAGUUUCAAGUUUAUACGAGACAGUAGCCGUAAUCCCAUAUCCGACAGUGACUCAGUUUGAAAUGGAUUUACAACUGCGAGUGAAUAUGUUUACAGCUCUGUAUGAUUUGUAUUCUGAACAGGGGAAUUUCACCAAGGCACUAUCAGUAUUGGCUAAAGCUACUCAAAACCUACCACGUACAAAACAUAGAAUGUCACUAUUUCGUCAACUUGUCAUCACAAAAGCUAAAUUAGGCCAAUCAGUAGAAUUCGAUAUGCAGAAAUUUACAUCUGAAUCUGAGCCUUUACAAGCGAAAAUUUGGAGAGAAAUAGCUUACGCUAGUUCAGAUGUCAAUUUUCAGGUGAAAGCUUUUAAACAGUCGAUUGAUGCUAUAAAGAAUCCUACUUAUUGGACUUUGAAAUCUGAACUAUUGUUAGAAUUUUCACAGUGGUUAUUUGCACAUGGGUUUGAAGUGCCUGUAUGCAUAAGUCUGGCUGAAGAGGCUAUGGACUUACUGGGAGAUGUUUGUGCCAGAGAGUAUGACCAAAGUCAGUUUAAAGAAUUGAAGUACAGUCAGCUGAUAUGUAAUUCAAAAAAUAUUGAGUACUUAGAUAUUCUGAUGAGGAUAUGCAUCUUAUUAGCUGAAUUUGCCGAAGCUAUGAAUCCAGAAGUCAAAAACAAGCAUACCUUGAAUUCGCUAGAUUAUUUGAUCAUCUCUGUAAACUGUGUUAAGAAUAUCUUAAACCUUUCCGUGGCAUCAAUUGUAGAGAGUCCACGAGUGGAACAAAGGUCACCAAAAAGUCCUAGAUCCAUUUCAGUUAAGUCAAGAUCGAAAUCAAAUAUUCAAGGUGGCGGUGAAACAAACCGCGGAAAACAAACUUCUGAACCUAUUCAUAAGAAGAUAAUACCAAAGACAGUUGCUGAAUGGUCUGUUUUUCAAGUGUCGGAGGACAUUAUACAGGGCUGGCACAAAAAUUACACGGAUUAUGUUAAUAAACUGAUAGGUGUUAAUCCGUCCGAUUUAAUACAAAGGGAAUAUUCUCGGUUAACUGAGAUUUAUUCAUUGAAACAACAAAUUAAUCCAACUACUAUUCGAUAUCCUCUGGUAACAAUGGCAUCUCUAGAUCGCUUACUAAAUAUGAUUACUGAAAUGGGUCCAGGUCAGCUUGGUUUUCCUGUCUUAGUCCUUCAGGACUGUAUUUUGCGCAGCUGGGCAAGAUAUGAUAAGUCAUCUUCGUUGGCCAACUGUACCAGUGUCGGGAAACUAAUUCAUUUAAAAUCAAUGGAACUCUCUUGUUGUUUGGGCCUAUUGUCUGGAGUAAAUUACCAUCAAAACAAAUUGAAUCCUUUAUCACCCAAUGAACAAGAGAUAGCUGAUGCAUACACCCUGUUGAAAACGAAUCCAUCUAGUCCGUAUUUAAAAGAUUUGAUCAAAAAUUGGAUUGAUUUAGCCGAUCGACUUGCUCGAAUUGGUCAGUUUUCCUAUGCACAUACAUUUCUACAUGUAUCUGAACAGUUAUGUCAACAUGAUAAUAGUCAAAUGGUAUACUGGUUACUCGCACGAGCUCGUCUAUCUCUAGCAGAAGGUCAAUAUAAACUAACUAGAACGCUAAUUUCAAAGAUAUUUGAUUCUGAAAUAGAAGAUGAAUCAUUUUGGAUUGAGUGUCUGUCUAUACGUAUUGAUGCUUUAUGCUAUGAUCCUGAUCUAACAGCUCAUGAUCUUGGUUCACUUGAAAUUAAUGAACAAACCUCAGUGAAUUAUACCUCGUGCCCACUACAUUUUGGAAUAGAAAAGGCCAUAAAAGAAAUAGAAUUAGCUGAAAGAGAUCUACAGAAAAGAAGGAAGCAGUGGAAGUCUAGAGAAAGUUGGUUUAACAGGCUGACAGGAAUUCUGUUAUCAAAGAAAGCUCAGUUAUUUGCCAGAAUUGACCAAAUGAAUUAUCAUUAUGCUACACUGUUCAAUUCAUCGGAUAAAUCGUCAAACUCUGGCUUAUGCUUACGCCCUGUGAACUUACUGAUGAAUUCAAAUGGUGCCCCAAAACUGUUUGAAGAAAUUAUCCACCUUUUUGCACCCCAUAAUAAACGAGCUGCUUUAAGAUUAGGCUGGAUGCCGUUAUUAGCCCAUUGGGUCAAUGCAUUCAAAGCUGAAGUCAAUGUUCAGAUCAUUCAUCUACGCAGAGAAUUACGUCAUCCAUCAACAGCCUGUCUUUCUUUUGUAACUACAUUAAAAGUUGCGCGUCAGUGCCUAAACUUUGCUCAAGAAACCGUUGUAUUGGCCGAAUCAUUUAGCAAUACAAAUGAAGCUGUUGAAAACUACAUCGGUGAAAAUUCGUUCGACAGUUUACCAGAAACUUUAAAUAACUAUGAACAACCUAAACAGAUAUGGGAUCGUACUGUCUUGACAGCAUUUGAUGAAAUAUGCUCUCUAUUAUCAGAUAUAUUUAUAAUGAGUGAAAAACAACCUCAUCUACUAGCAAAGGGUUUGGCUCGUCAAGUAACCGAAUCUUUGUUAAAUUUGCUUGGCGGUAUUCAUGAAAGUGUUUCUGUUUUAACACAAGAUUUACUAAUCGCAUUCCAAAGUUGUUCAACAGCAGUUCGACUACGGACUCAUUUCUGGCUGACAUUACUGGCGUAUGAUGCACGUAAAUGUUCUGGUGGUACUCAAAGCAGCUUCGAUACACAAAAUGAAUUUUCCGAUAGAUCUAUUUUGAGCUCCUCAGAAGCUCUUAUUCGUCAGUUAUUAUGGUUAUCUCCAUCCAGUGUUUAUAGCGAUCUGUGUCUGUUUACAACAUGGGGAUUCUGUUCAACUACUGAGCCUUCUUCUUAUCCUGAAACACUAGCCUGGAUAACAGGAAUUAAAUACAACUUAAUAUCUAAUCGUUUGCGUUCAACCGGAGGUUUAUUUGGUGGAUCAGAGGAUCACUGUGUCGCCGCUAGUCCAUGGAUUUCAAGUGUCCUGAAAACUUUAGCAUCACAGUCACAAGCUUGGAGAGUAACUGAAGUGAAUCCUUCAAUAAUCUUUGAUUCUAACAAAAUUAUCCAGUCAACAUUGAGCUCACUACCUGGAUCCAAUUUACAAGCAGCUAAAUCUUGGAAUCUUCUUAUCAUGGAGCAUUCUAUAAAUUCUUGUUUUCUGUAUGCUGCUGUACCUAAAGGCAUGAACAGAGCAACUUCUACACGAAGUCAUCGACCAAGUAUACCAACUAACAAAAGUAAUAACAAAGGAGACUGUCAAUAUACCUUCAUGAAGAUAGAGACAGACCCAGUCACAAAAUGUAAAUUAAUUUGUUCCUGGAAGAAUAGUUUAAACCAUUUGGAUGAACAGUUGAAGAAAUAUGCAAAUAUUAAAAGUAACAACAAUACCUUAUUUAAAGAAGUAAAUCAAAUAAUUACGAUGAAAAGCCAUUUGUUUAAGAACUCCAGUGAAAAAGUCCUGUUGUUCAAUUAUUUGGACCCAAUAUUUGAAACCUUAUCUAAACACUGGAUACCUGAAACAACCUCAAAUAGUAGUCGUAUAAGAUGUAGUACUGAUACCAUCAGCGUCAGUGAUCAAAAGAAUAUAAUUGCCGAAAUUAAUACGGCUGAACAGUUGUCUUUUUAUCUUGAGCAACAUUCCAAUAGUCAGUCAAAUAUUCCUAGUGAUGGGUUGGUUGUAAUUUCAGAUUUUUGGUUGAAUGAACUACCUCUGGAAUCUUUUAUAACGAAUACUCUACUUAUUGAGUUAAGUAGUAGUGAUUGCCAGUUGUAUAGAAGACAAAGUUCUCUUAUUCGAAGAGGUCAAACCACAGCAGCAUCUAAUUCUAGCAAACAAAACCAUUCACCUGCGUUGAAGAGAAUCAAUAGAGUUUUACCAUUCAGCUGGUUGACACGAGACUUUAGUGUACAGCUGCUUUAUUCACGUUUAACAGGACAUCAGAAUACACAGAAAUCUGAAGAUCAGUCAGCUGAAAAUCACGAACAAAGUGCACAACAUAAAACAGCGAGAAAAACAGAUAUCAUUCGUGGAUCUAGCCGACAUCCUCUGUUGCGUGACACUGGUGCCAAACUGCCACCGUUACAAUCUUCCAAGCAGCAAAACUCAGGAUGUCUAGUGGUCAACACUUCGUGUAUGCGUUACCUGGUCGACCCAUUUCUAGACACUGAAAUAGUUGGUGCUGACACAACUACAAGUGCUUCUAGAGAGACAGUCAUUGGCAAUGAUGAUAAUAAUAAUAAUAACGCGAAAUUCACUGGAAUCUCACUUAAAAAUCACCUUCAGUUACUAUUGAAAGAACCGUCAGCACGUAAUCAGCAGUUCACUUCACGCUGGAUUGGUUUAAUGGGUGACUGGGAGUUGGGAAAAGUACCAACUAAGGAAGAAUUGACAGUGUUUUUAAAUGAAGGAGCCAGUGGACUAAUCACUUAUAGUACUGAAUCUUUCUUAUCGUAUUUACCUCCAUCAGCAUUUGUGAAUUUAUCAAUUCCUAAUUGCUACUUUAUUUGUCAUCUGGAUAAAAUUUAUACAAGAAGUAGUCGUCUCCGGCAAAUGAAAUUAGAUGCUCAUAAAACGAUAAUAGAAAGUGAGUUGGAGCAAGCUUUAUCUACAGCUGUCACCACGACACUAACUGGAUCACGUUCUGUGAUAACUCUGCAAUGGCCUACAAGCUUAAAAAUCAAUCAGUUUAGAUUAGAAAAACUAAUAGGACAUUUACUAGAUCAAGCCUAUACUAUUGGACAGUCAACUUUGCUGAUACAGUAUGAACUUUUUAAAAAAGAACUAGAUGAAUACAAAGUGCGUUUAAAACAAAUCAAUGAAGUCAAGGACAUUCAAAUGUCAAAAGAAAAAUCACUCGAUGAAGUGAAUCAUCUUGAAGGAAAAUAUGAAAAUAUACAGACGAAAAUGACACCAACAUUGGAACCAUUCAAUAUGAUUGUUUAUGGAUUGCCGAAUAUUUCUUUUGCUUAA